AUGAAUCACAGAAUUUACGAGCCACGUUGGCUAGUCAAUAUUAUCUUUACUUCUUCCAUCACGACGAGCCACAAGGGCAAGGAGCCAACCUUCUAUAUUGACCCCCUAAGAAAUGAAGAAAAAAGACAAAAGAAAAGGAAAGGGGAAGGGGAAGGGAAAAGGAAAAGGAAAAGGAAAAGGAAAAGGAAAAGGAAAAGGAAAAGGAAAAGGAAAAGGAAAAGGAAAAGGAAAAGGAAAAGGAAAAGGAAAAGGAAAAGGAAAAGGAAAAGGAAAAGGAAAAGGAAACGGAAAAGAAGAAAGAACAAAAGAAAGAAUAACCACUCGGGCCUGCGUUUCAGAUUGAAGAAGUCUCAACGAGUGGCCUAUCUGCUUGUCUACGCUCCAGUCACCUUGCCGGUGUGCUUAAUCGAUCAUUGCUACUUGGAAGUUAGAGCGACCUGCUUGGCAGCUGCUCAAUUCUUUUUUCGGCCAGCCUGGUGGAUGCUUCUUUCUCCUCGCUUUAUCAUCCUGGAUUCAGGCCCACGAUAUAUAGAACUACAAACAGCCAAUGCGCAGAUGACACUUGUGCGGCUUCAUCGUCUGAAGAUCCAUCGGUACACGCGAUCAAAAGUUACCAAACGGCCUUUCACAUAUUACUUGCGUUCUGUGACUUGGACGGACGCGUUAUAA